GUCACGUCUGGAGUAUAUUCUUUGACCACCACUCUUUCGCCCCCUUCGCUGGGUCUUCCUCUCAUUUUUGCAACAUUCUUUUCCUACUACAGCAUAACAAUCGCUCCCAGACAAGUCUGGACCUAGUGUACAAUCGUUUGUAUUCCGGUGUGGUUUUCGGGGAGAACGGAUAACAGUCACGGGUACAUACAUUCACCGAGGUUACACAACUAUUCUGGACCUUUGCCUGCGAAUCAACGGCGCGCCAGCGACGACGAAAGCUUUGGGGGUACGGCACGCCUAGUAUUGGAGAAAUAGCAACUCCUCGCAGUAUUCGCCACGACAGACAGAAGAGGCUCCUGCAUUAAGCCAUGUCUACAACAGAUACAACCACAAGUUCCAACCAAGAUAAUACAUCUGGCCUUAAUGGUGCCCUCAGUGGCCUAGGAGAUGGAAUACACGUUUCGUCCGGCGCGAUCGCCGCCAUUGUCAUCCUCCUUGUCCUGGCCCUGAUCGGCUUGAUCGUCGCGUGCGCAUAUGCUUUUGGAGGUUUCAAGCGGUGCUGCUCGUGCUGCGGCCGGAACAAUAGUAGAAAGAAGCGUUUGUCUCAGCUCCCUGUGUACAGCGACAGGGGAUACUUGGAUGAAAGGGACAAACUCCCGGCCUGGAAUGCUAGUUUGGCUCGCGGGACAGAGGUGCAAGGCUUAUCAAGGAUGGCGAGUGUCAAGCAAGGAAUAUUCGGACGCAAGAGAGCGUCGGACGGGCAUUCGAUGCUCCUGGAUAACAACAGUCCAUACAACAGCGCGAGGAAUUCUCAACUGACGACACACUCGCAACUGGCGAGCCCAGGUAUGGCGACUCCGUAUAUGAUGGAAAGCAGUGAACAAAAAUCGAGAUUCAGUAUAUGGAAGGAGCAGCAGCGUUAGUCUGUUUCUGGUCUGUGGCGAUCUAAUGCAUCGUAUGGGAGUUCUGGGGGAAAUCAAUGUACAUACUGGGACGGCCAUGGAGAAGAAUGUGAGGCGCCUACCUACUACCAACGAACAUGGGUAUAGUACGUGCAUUUGUACAUAGAGACGACGAUAGCCCGCAUGUAUGCCAACAAGGGGUUCUUCAGC